UUUUACGAGUCUUAGAUCAUACAUGAGAACUGACAGAAAAAUGACAGUUUUUUAACUUGAUUUUUUUUUACUGAUUUCUCUUUAAGACGAACACUCACAAAGACAAACCCAUGGACUUAAACGUUAUGGAUCCUGCCACGGCAGGGCCCAGUCGUGUGGUUCGCGUGAACAUGAUGGAGGGGGUAGGAGCCAGGGUAAUCCGCGGCCCGGAAUGGAAAUGGGGUAAACAAGAUGGUGGUGAGGGGCACAUUGGAACUGUGAGGAAUUUCGAGAGUCCAGAGGAAGUGGUUGUCGUUUGGGACAACGGAACGGCUGCCAACUAUCGGUGUGCUGGGGCGUAUGAUCUGAGAAUACUUGACAGUGCCCCUACAGGAAUCAAGCAUGAUGGAACGAUGUGUGAUACUUGCAGACAACAACCUAUUUUCGGGAUCCGCUGGAAGUGUGCUGAGUGCGCUAAUUACGACCUGUGCUCUGUCUGCUAUCACAAUGACAAGCACAAUCUGAGACAUCGCUUCUACAGGAUUAACACCCCAAAAAGUGAAAGGGCAUGUAUGGAGACUCGUAGAAAGAGCAAGAAGAUCACUGUGCGAGGCAUAUUCCCCGGGGCCAGGGUGAUACGGGGCGUGGACUGGCAGUGGGAGGACCAGGAUGGGGGCAACGGGAGGCGUGGCAAGGUCACAGAAAUACAGGAUUGGAGUGCAGCCAGUCCAAGGAGUGCUGCAUAUGUGCUGUGGGAUAACGUGGCCAAGAAUCUCUACAGGGUCGGCUUUGAAGGAAUGUCGGAUCUGAAGGUGGUGACGGACGCCAAGGGCGGGACGGUAUACAGGGAUCAUCUCCCUUGUCUAGGAGAGCAAGGUCCGGGAACCAGGGCAGGAUGUGGAGGCCUGACCAUCGGGGACCAGGUAAACGUGGAUCUGGACUUUGAGAUCGUCCAGUCCCUGCAGCAUGGCCACGGAGGGUGGGCAGACGGAAUGUUUGAGUGCCUAGGUCAGACAGGGACAGUGAUAGGCAUUGACGAGGACCAUGACAUUGUUGUCUCCUACUCCAGCGGAAACAGAUGGACGUUUAACCCGGCCGUCUUGACCAAAGUGAGUACCCCGAGCAGUGCAAACUCCGCCUCCAGUGAGACUGCAGCCCCUAACGUUGCUGGGGGUGUGUCAGGACCCACAGCAGGGUCCCCCCAGUUUGCUGUGGGAGACCUCGUGCAGAUCUGCAGUGACAUGGAGAGGAUUAAGGUUCUUCAGCGGGGUCAUGGAGAGUGGGCAGAGGCCAUGGUGCCUACUCUAGGGAAGAUUGGCCGCAUACAGCAGGUGUACCAUGAUAACGACCUGAAGGUGGAGGUGUGUGGCACCUCCUGGACCUACAACCCCUCCGCCGUCACCAAGGUGGCCUCCUCCGAUGGGGCCGCCAGUGGAAACUCCUCAGGAGAGCGUCUGAGCGCGCUGCUGAAGAAGCUGUUUGAGACCCACGUGUCUGGGGACGUGAACGAGGAGCUGGUGAAGGCAGCGGCCAAUGGGGACGCGGGCAAGGUGGACGAGAUACUGCAGAGGGCUGACACCACCGUCAAUGUGAACGGUGUGUUUGCUGGUCACACUGCCCUGCAGGCGGCCUCCCAGAAUGGACACCUGGACGUGAUUAAAGUGCUCAUGAAGUACGACCUUGACAUGGAGAUUGAGGACAAGGAUGGUGACAGGGCGGUGCACCAUGCCGCAUUUGGUGAUGAGCCUGGUGUCAUCGACAUGCUGCACCGUGGCGGUGCCGAUCUGAACGCACGCAACAAACGCCGCCAGACGCCCCUGCACAUUGGGGUCAACAAGGGUCACAUUGGGGUCGUCAAGGCACUGCUGGAGAUUGGAUGUCAUCCAAGUCUGCAGGAUUCAGAAGGUGACACGGCUCUCCAUGACGCAAUCAGCAAGAAGCGUGACGACAUGAUCUCCCUGCUGCUGGAGUUCCACGGCGACAUGACCAUCACCAACAACAACGGCUUCAAUGCCCUGCACCACGCCGCCCUGAGAGGGAAUCCCAGUGCCAUGCGUAUCCUGUUGUCCAAAGUUCCUCGCCAGUGGGUGAUAGACGAGAAGAAGGAUGACGGCUACACCGCACUACAUCUUGCAGCCCUCAACAACCAUGUGGAGGUGGCAGAAUUGCUGGUCCAUGGAGCAGCAUCAGAUCGCAAAGCCAACCUGGACAUACAGAAUGUCAACUUACAGACAGCCCUUCAUCUGGCAGUGGAGAGGCAGCACACACAGAUUGUCAGGCUGCUGGUUAGAGAAAGGUGUAACCUCAAUGUACCAGACAAAGACGGUGACACUCCACUACAUGAGGCCCUGAGACAUCACACCCUGUCUCAGCUAAGACAGUUGCAGGACAUGCAGGAUGUUGGAAAGCUCUUGAUGGGACUUGGGACACCUGGCGCUGACAAGAAGUCAAGUGCCUCGAUUGCGUGCUUUCUGGCGGCAAACGGGGCGGAUCUGAACAUCAAGAACAAGAAGGGGCAGACCCCCCUUGACCUCUGCCCUGACCCUAAUCUCUGCAAGGCGCUCGCCAAAUGCCACAAGGAAAGACUGAGUCCCGGAGGUGCCUCCAAUGUUGCUAUCAUCCGCAACGACCAGGAGACGCUAGAAGAGUGCAUGGUGUGCUCAGACCUGAAGCGUGACACGCUGUUCGGCCCCUGCGGUCACAUAGCCACCUGCUCCCUGUGCUCCCCACGCGUCAAGAAGUGUCUCCUCUGCAAGGAACACGUGCAGUCUCGAACCAAGAUUGAAGAGUGUGUGGUGUGUUCUGACAAGAAGGCCUCUGUUCUUUUCAAGCCCUGCUCCCAUAUGUGUGCAUGUGAUGGGUGUGCUAGUCUGAUGAAGAAAUGUGUCCAGUGUCGGGCCUCCAUUGAUAAGCUGGUGCCCUUUAUUGUGUGCUGUGGAGGAAACCCUCCCCCAGUGCCCCAGCCAGCCGGCAUCAUGAACAACGGGGCCAAGGACACCACCAAGGACAUUCAGAAGCUGCAGCAGCAACUGCAGGACAUCAAGGAUCAGACAUGCUGCCCUGUGUGCAUGGACCGACUGAAGAACAUGAUAUUCUUGUGCGGCCACGGCACAUGUCAGAUGUGUGGUGACCGCAUGGCUGAGUGUCCAAUCUGUAGGAAACCAGUAGAGAAAAGAAUACUUCUAUACUGAGUGUCCCAUCUGUAGGAAACUAGAUAAGAGGGAAUUCUUCUAUACUGAGUGUCCCAUCUGUAGGAAACUAGAUAAGAGGGAAUUCUUCUAUACUGAGUGUCCCAUCUGUAGGAAACAAGUCCAGAAAAGAAUACUUCUAUACCGAGUGUCCCAUCUGUAGGAAACCAGUCCAGAAGAGAAUACUUCUAUACUGAGUGUCCCAUCUGUAGAAAAACAGUCGAGAAAAGAAUACUUCUACUCUAGGUGUUCCAUCUGUAGGAAACUAGUUGAGAAAAGAAUACUUCUAUACUGAGUGUCCCAUAUGUAGGAAACCAGUCGAGAAAAGAAUACUUCUACUCUAGGUGUUCCAUCUGUAGGAAACUAGUCGGGAAAAGAAUACUUCUAUACUGAGUGUCCCAUAUGUAGGAAACCAGUCGAGAAAAGAAUACUUCUACUCUAGGUGUUCCAUCUGUAGGAAACUAGUCGAGAAAAGAAUACUUCUAUACCAAGUGUCCCAUAUGUAGGAAACCAGUCCAGAAGAGAAUACUAAUAUACUGAGUGUCCCAUCUGUAGAAAACCAGUCAAGAAAAGAAUACUUCUACUCUAGGUGUCCCAUCUGUAAGAAACUAGUCGAGAACAGAAUACUUCUAUACUGAGUGUCCCAUCUGUAGGAAACCAGUUGAGAAGAUAAUAUUUCUAUACUGAGUGCCCCAUUUGUAGAAAACCAGUCGAGAAGAGAAUACUUCGAUACUGAGUGUCUCAUCUGUAGGAAACCAGUCGAAAAGAAAAUACUUCUAUACUGAGUGUCCCAUCUGUAGGAAACCAGUCAAAGAGGUUAUUCUUCUAUACUGAGUGUCCCAUCUGUAGGAAACCAGUCGAGAAAAGAAUACUUCUAUACUGAGUGUCCCAUCUGUCGGAAACCAGUCGAGAAAAGAAUACCUCUAAACUGUGUGUCCCAUAUGUAGAAAACCAGUCAAGGAAAGAAUACUUCUAUACUGAGUGUCCCAUCUGUAGGAAACCAGUCAAGAGAAGAAUACUUCCAUUCUGAGUGGCAAAAAAGUAGUUAAAAGAGAAUUUCUAUACUGAGUGGCAAAAAAAAAGUUUCAAAUAGAAAACUUCCACACUGAGUUGUGGAGAGAUGCUACACAAUACUUGCAUGACCAAAGUCUCUUUGCUCUGCUUUGUUACAACUCCUUAUGACAAAGGAUCCUGUAUGACAAACAUCACCUCUAUAUUUUUUCAUGCUUUUACUGUACAAAGGGGACAAACUACCAUAUACUGUAAAAUCAAUUUUUGAGGCGUUUUUGUUUGUUGAUGUUGUCAGUUGACUGCUAAACAAAUAUAAACACAAACACAAUUAGGAAUUACAGAUGCAAAGUACUUUUCUUCCCCUUAACCAGAAAUCCACAUAUUUACGCAUACAAUAAAAAUUCAUUUUCUAUAAACACAACAAAUAAUCAUAUUUGAAUUUAUAAAGAGAUAUGAAGUAAUCCGAUUAGUUUUUUGUUUGGAUUUAUCUGAUACAAACCAAACCAUCUAUACAUGUGGUCAACUUAACCUUAACAAAAGUUAAAAAACAUCUUUCAGAAAACAAUACCUUUCUCUUUUACAUUUUUCUUUUAAGCCUUUAACACUAAGAUAUGUAUUUUGACGCAUUUGUAGUCCUUUACAAAGUUACAUUUAUUUAAAAACCUUUCUUACUUCAUUCAAGUGUUAACCCUUUACCACUUAGAUACCUAUUUUGACGCAUCUGUAGUCCCUUAGAAAGUUAAAUUUAAUUAACGGCCUUUCUUACUAUAUUGAAGUUUUAAAGGUUUCAGUUCCAACCCUUAGAUACUGACGAGCAGCAAACAGUAUAAAACCUGAACAGACUGCGGGUUAAUCGCAGGCUGUUCUGGUUUUAUGCUGUUUGCACAUAGCCAUUUUAACUUUGCUUCUAGGUGGGAAAGGGUUAAAGGCUUCAUUUCCAACCCUUAAUUACUGAUGAGCAGCAAACAACAUAAAACCUGAGCAGACUGCAUGUUACUCGCAGGCUGUUCUGGUUUUAUGCUGGUUUUGACUUCACUUCUUAUGGGGGAAAUGGUUAAAUGCUAUUAUUGGCAUCAUGCAUUACAUUGUUAAUUAAACUUGUGUUAAUUAAACAUGAAGAGAGAUUGCAUUAUUUUACUGCAGAUAAGUGGGAAUAUAGUGCAUAAAUCAUUUAGUAUUCUGUCUUUGUUUUAGAUGUGAAUCUUUCAAUCUGUUUGUGAAAUAACACUUAUGCGUUUUGUGUCAUAACAUUAUUGUACAGUUGUUUGAGCAUUUAAUUUAACUGUAUAUGAAUAUGUGCUUUAAAAAUUCUGUUUAAUUAUUCAGAUAAAAGUAUAUUCAUAUGAAGUUGUACAUAAUGAAACUGAUUAGUACUCAUGGAAGUGUGGUCAUGUUUAUAGUUUUGUAGGUGGAAACAUGUUGCAUUUGUUAAGGUAUUUUAGGUCCCUACAGUCUGUCUGUACAUGUAUGCCAGUGAAACCUCAUUGUAUUUUGUUAACUAUUGAUAUUUGUCUUUAAAAAUAUGAGAUCUGUUUAUAUUUAGCAUUUAUCAUUUAAUUUUCUUUUUCGAGUGUUUUGUGUUCAAGAAUGAUUCAUAUAACGAUUAAUGUCAUACAUCAAAUCGAAGCCUCUAUAACGCUCCAAAUCAACAAACAUUUUGUAAAGUAUUUCGUUUAAUAAAGUUAACACCUAAACAAUUAGUGUUCCUUAUUGCAAAAGCCACAAUUUCAACGCAAGAUGUGGUAUGAUCACAUAGAUUUUUUUAGAUACAAAUUUAAAUGCUCGUUUUUAUUUAUUUGUGACACAAUUAAUUCCAUUUUAAUUUCCUGCGAAUAUAUCUAUUGAUACGACACACGAACACUUAAAUAGUACCAUGUUAGUGUUCAUGUGUCAUAUGAAUAGAUAUCGUUGUGGGAAAUUAAAAUGGAAUUAAAAAUGCGAAACAAUAAUAAAAGCGAUCAUUUUGUAUCUACAAACAUCUAUUUUACCAGGCCAUAUCUGGCGUUGACAUUUUAGCAAUUGCCAUAUGGAAUACUGAUUUUUAAUUGUUUAACUUUAUUUCACGAAAUAUUGUACACAAUUUUCGUUGAUUUUGAGUAUUAAUGGGGCUUUAAACUUUUAUUUAACAACCAGCACAAAUAUAAGAACCACAUUUUGGGAAAAUGUGCAUGUGCAUAAAGUGUCCUCCCAGAUUAGCCUGUGCAGUUGGCAGUUUGGUGCCCUUGAGACAUUUUAUGUUGUUUUUGCCCUGUCUGUUGCUUUGUUGGUUUGAGUCAAACUUUAACUUUUGUCAUAACUUUUGCGAUAUUGAAGAUAGCAUCUUCAAAUUUGGCAUGCAUGUGUAUCUCAUUGAGCUGCACAUUUUGAGUGGUGAAAGGUCCUUCAAGGUCAAAUAUAUGGGGGGACAAACACAUCUUGUUUUCUGAAUUUCUGUUUGACAAAUCAGAAUAAUCAUGAACAAAUUAUCCUUUCUGACUCACUUCACAUACUUGCAUGCACGGACGUCUGUGAUUUUGCGUGUUAUUUUGUUAAAUAAAAUGUAUAUUGUUGUCUAUCAUUAUUAGGUAUUACGCAUGUAUUUAUUGCUUUCUAAACACUUAAUUGAGUUGAAAUAUUAAAAUAUAAUUAUUAUUCUUAUGAAAAAAUGUACCUUGUAUCUGUUUUUGUUGUUGUUAUUUUACAAAUAACUUAUAAUCACCUAUCAUAUUUCUUCACAAUGGUCUGUAACUUUGUUCAGAUGUAAUUGUUGUAUAUUAAAGAAUGUCUUGAAAUGUUAACGUAUAUACUUGCAGUUCAUCCCUGUCUAUUUAUAAUUAAUAUAUAAUGCUUAUACUCUCCACAAGUGGAAUGAUUGUGCGAAGACGAACAAUAAUUUAAAAAAAUAUAAAGCCAUCUCGUGUGUUUUAAAUUAGAUCAAUUAUCAAAUAAAGAUCGCUCUUUCCAGAAUGUGUAAA